AUGGCUCAGAUGGGGGCCCCCAGUGGCGCCCAUCGUGAUACGUAUUGCCCUCCAAGCACACGACUGACUCAUGAUGAGAUACAGCACAACAGACAGAAUCGACGACAAGUUGACAACCCCAGUGCAGAUGCACUCAGGGGCUGGACGUACACAGCACAGCAGCAGAAACACCAGGCACAACUGUGCAGACGACUCCUGGGAGCCCUCCAGAGGUUCUGUGGUGACGACCAAGACCCCCAUCAACGACGAAGGGAGCAGCAAUAUCAGCAGCACCGACUGCCAGCCUCCUUAGCCACUUUGGCUGACCGUGCUUCCGCGUGUGCGGAGAAUGGAGAUGCCCGUGGUGCCACUGCUGCAGUCGUUUCAUUUCUCAAGGACUUUGCAGUCUACGCUAGCCCGACUGCCGGAACCCAUCACCAACAGAAGGCUCUCCUAGAGCCAGCAGGAAUUGCAGUAGAGGCAGCCCAAGCAGCCUUAUUCAUCCUUUCGGAUUAUUGUCGCAGCAGCAUAACAGCAAACGCUGCGGAGCUCAUCGUGCAGCGGCACACCAUAUGCUGUGUGUGCGCCUUACUUCGCGCUGCGCCGCAGCUGGGGUCCGCCGGCUCGGCAGCGCUAAAGGAGGCCCUUGCUGUAGCUGCUGCUGCUGUCGUAGUGCUUCAUCGAGUGUUGGGUUCAGAACCCCGCCCGCGAACAGAUCGUGGGUUGCAGCGUUAUCUGCAGCAGCAGCAGCUCCAGCGACAGCAGCAACAGCACAUUUUAGCUUCGGGCCUGGCGGCGUCCCAGCCGAAGCAUAUAGCAGUCGCAAAAGCACUUCUGCUCUCGAUACAUUCUCUAUUGGCCGAGCUAGCAAGGACAAAGAACACCCCUGAUGCUGCUACUAAGGCAGGCCUAGCUGGCGCAGAGAAUGAUAAAGGCGUCGCUUUCCCUGCUGCAGCUCCUCCGGGCGCUGUAGGUGAACUGAGCAUCGAGCUGCUUCUGUUGUUGCUGCCUCUGGCACUGGCUGAGCCGUCUGCUGCUGCGCUCCAGCAGCCACUGCAGCUCCGCAACGCAGCAGCAGUAACAGGUUGGGGACCCUCUUGUGGCCUGGCGACUGACUUCGCGUCAACUCAAGAGAGUGAAAUAGACAGCAGCAAAACGGCCCGCUCCCCUACGGCGGACCAGUGGACCUGUGUGGGCCGACCCUGGAGAAGGGGUCUCCAGGAGUCCUCCGUUUCUAGUUCUUCAAGGGGCACUCCAGGUCUUCCGGCAACGCGCUCUCAUGGCGACACCACAGCGUGUCAAUUGGAGUCGGCGUCUCGAGGCCACGCCUUGCGUCUCGAGUGCCUGCGGUGUAUAGAGGGGCUGCUACGCCUGUGCGGGAGGGAACUCUUCGCUUACUGGGGUUUGCUGCUGCAGUGCAAGGGGCCUAGCCCGCUACCACGGGCCACCCCAAACUGCAAUGCUGCAGCCUCAGUUGUUCUGCCAGACUUUCACUCUCCAGCGGCAACAGACGAGCAGAGGCCAUCCCCAGUUACGUGUUCCCUGCGUGCCAAACAGAUGAGGGAAGAAACGGUGGAUAAAUGGCUUAGCAAGCUUCUGGGAAUGCGGCAUCCAGUUCAACACGAGCUACCGUGGGCUUGCUUUGCCACAGCCGAAGAAGGUCCCAAAGUCUCUAAAGCUGCAGUGGGCUGUUUGUGUGCGUUGCUGGAGGCCUCGCCACUUAGGCAGUGGCCAGUCAUAGCGUCCACCUGCAUGCGCUGCGGUCCGAAGGCCGUGCUAAUGAAGGCUGAGGACUGGGAAAAGCUUAUGAGACCCCUAGGCUUUGGGGUCUCGGAGUCUUACAGAGGCAGGUCCGGGGGACUUGAAGGAAUUCCCCAUAGUUUGGGGUGCCCAGCCCUGCCAACACGACAGCAGCACUCCGCAGGUCCUGGGUCGUAUACCUCGCUCUCCUGCACAGUUGCACAGGUUUCGCGCUGCGCCGUUUUCUCCCUCUUAUCCCUGGUGUGCUACGGAUUUGCAGAAGAGACGCCCCAAGCUGACACGGGAACAGCGAAGCCUUCUGCUGACUUCUCAGCCAAUGCUGCUAUACUUUCCCGUCGGACCGGUGCUCCGAAUGCUGCUGAGGUGACCAGAAAUGCGUGUGCUGAUGCUGCGUCAGAGCCUGCUCUGCUACAGUGUGGUCCCAUCCACCAGCACAGCACGCUUGCAUGCGCAGGACCGCCGAAUGAGAAGGAAAGCUUGAACAGCCAUGCAGGGGCAGCCCUCAGAGGCCUAGCAGAGGCGCUCCCUGCUCUGCCUGUGGGCAUCUUGCAGCCAGGAAUCGCGGCUGCUGCCCUUCGUCUCGCCCAUCCCGUGGUGUUUCUACUGGCAGAGGCACUUUGUGUGCAGCUUAAGCGACAGCAGCUGCUAAUCGAACAGCACUCUCAACCGCAGCAGCAACAGCAGGAGCUCCCCUGCUAUUUUUGCACUACCGUGAAGGUUACUGAGGUUACUGCCCAUGAGCAGCCUAACCUUAGCACAUCGGCUGCCAAUAUGAUAAAGCGCAGCAAAGCGGCUCCUACCUGUACGAAUGUAGGAACUGCAUCAGCAGCAGCUUCUUCUGCUGACACAGCUUCAUCGUCGCAGGCAGCAAAAAAUCGGAACUGCGAAAGGUCCGCAGUCUUAAUUUAUGAACAAGAGAAGAAUAUGCAGCCCCAGCGGGAUGUUGUGUCUUUGGAAGGCUACGAGUUUUUCGUUGCCCAAGUGUUAGCAAGAGGCACCCCAGCCCUGCGAUUAGUAGGGCCGACCCUUUCCAUGGUUGCUGCUGUGGUAGGGAAAAAGCAAAGGCUUUCUCAAAUAGCGGAGGCGCUUUUGGUCCCUCUGAGAAGAGGGGGUGCUAUUACGGGUCCGUGCAGCCUGCCAUCUUUGAUAUGCAAGUCCAUCCAGACCUUAGUGUUAAUGUGGCAGAACUGCUUGUGCAUUCAAACGCCACCUGCUCAUGAAGAUUGCACUAUGGCCCAUCUGGGCUGUAGCGCAGAGUACCAGGGCUCUAAAGGAGGCUGUAUUCAGAAGAAAGGGCUUCAGUCAAGGGAAAAUGCUUCCCCUGCAGCAACGACACACUCAAGAGGGCAGCCAAGGGGUGCAGUAGACAGCGGGAUUUGCAGCAACUGCGAACGGAGCGGCCUAGCCGUCCUUGAGGGGCUUUUCUCUGUGCUGCAGGCCAUUGCUAGGCGAUACCCACAAGUGCUGCUGCUGCCACAAGCAGCGCGCGCGAGCAGCACUGCAACAGACGCUGAGGUGAAACGCUGUCAGGACCAGCAUGUUGGCUGCCUCCAGAGCGAAAAGGAGGGCUCCUUCACCUCGCUGUUGCGCACAUUGUUUAGUUCCGCUUAUGUAGCUGGUCGCUGCAAAGGGAUCCAGAUAGCUCUGGAGGUCUUGGGUGGCUAUGGAGCCCCAGCAGCUGCAGAGCAUAACGAAGGCGCAAACGGAAGACCCGCGAGCCCUCACGAAUUUGUCUCUUCAGGUACCUCUUCAAACUUGUCAGAGCCUCUUUCACGUGAAGACUUCCUGAAACACAGCCGCGCAACACUUGUUUCUUUGCUGCAGUCAGAACUUGUAAGUCCUCUGAUGACAGCGGCUCCCACUGCUUCUCCAGCAGCGCUCCCUGUGAAGCAGCAUCAGGAGCGACAUGAUCAAGAACAGCAGCAGCAGAAGGAACAGGAGUACCAUCCAGAUCAGCUAAGCAGUGCAUGUAUACUCCUCUGUCGGCUUACAUUCGAGGAGUGGCAGCGCCACCGCCUGAUAAAUCGCCACAUUCUGAGGGCUCUCAGGAGCGCUGUGCUUCCUUCUUACCACCGAAGUGUGCGGGUGGCCGCUGCAGCAGCAUUGGGAGCUUUCUCAGCGCAUACGCUGACCUUAGCGCAGCAGCAACAAUCAUCUUCACUGCCGAGAAGUGAAAGAGCAACAAGUGCAGCAACUGGUGCACCAGGGGAUACAGCGCUGGAAGAGCACGAACUUGACACAGAGGGACUCCUGCGAGAGGCUAUCCAAAUCCUGCUGCUGCAGCUGACAGAUGCUCUUCAUGACAUGCGCGCUGCCUCUCUCUGCGCGAUUUGUGAAGCUGCAGGAGCAAUGAGACAACAGGCGGAGCAGCAACAUGGGCAGCAGCAACAACAGCGGAAGCAGCAGGAGCACCCACAGGAACAGUUUACUUUCCAAGGGCAGAAUAUCUGCGUUGGUUCUCCGGCUACUGACUUGUGGGGGCAAGUCCUCAAGGGUGUCAACGAUGUACUAAUGCUGCAGCAAACCAGUAAUUCCAUUGCUGUUGCGGUUGGACUGAGGGCAAUCGGUGCCGUUGUCCCGUUGGUGCUGUUGCCUUGCUUUGUGGCCACGGAAAAGAACUGUCAACUGGGCAUUCCCCCAACACCACAAAGUGGUUCACGCGUUGACCUCGUUGCCGAGUCACAAAAUGAAAGCGAGGCUUUGUGCAUGGGGGAUUCAAAGGUAGCUUCGCAGAGGCCUCUUCAGGAAGUUAUGCGCUCCCUGAUUGUGCUCGAUGGUGUGUUAAGACCUGCAUGGGACCAUGGAGCAGACAGAAGAGAAGACAGGGACACACCUAAGACGAGAGGCCGGCAAGAAAUAGAGGAGCUUCAGCGCUUUAGGAGCAGUACUGGAGAUUAUGCCGAGGAGGAGGCAACUUGUGCACCCCAUCAGCAGGAAACUACGGUUGCUGGUUCUGGCGCUAAUGUGAAGCAGCUGAAACUGCAUUGGAACGCAUGCAAUAGUAUCCGGUUGCUCUUUUCAUCGACAGCUGCCUUUCACCUCCUAAUAAGUGGAUGCUGCAAGUUUUUCAAGCCCUUGUGGAUGGGGGCAUGUGGCUGCUUGCAUGCCUCACAGCUAACAAAGGUCCGCAGCCACGCUGCCGCCGCUCUGGCCGCAAUGGUGCAGCAUCUGAGGACACCACUGCGUCGUUCGGGGAAGAACAUGAAAGCUUCAGUGGAGUCUGGCCCAAAUGGCUUUGAAGGGACGCCAAUACAACAGCUGCACUGCGCAAGUUGCAUGGCGCCAUUGUUGACGCAGGCGUGGAAGGCCCUGACUGCGGCGGCAGCAGAAACAUCCGGGCUUACUUCAUCUCUAAAUAGCGAGGCGCGUCAGGGGCGACGGGCAGUCCUGAGUCGCUAUAAGGACUCUUUGCGUUGGAAUUUGGAGUCCCUUCUGGACUGCGGUUUGCUUCGCCACACAGAAGAGCUGUUAGCUGCGACCUGUUCGCAUGUGAACUUUGUUACGUCGAGGGGUGACCCCAGUGAACACGAGCCAGAGAAGUUCACCUUAUUUAGGGGCGCACAAAUGCCCAAAUGGGCUCUCAGUUGCGAUUAUUGCUGUGCAGUUGGUGACAAACCGUCAACUACAGAUGUCACUGUGUUUGAGGCCCUUAAAGAGGCAGCGGAGGAAGGCAUGCAAGCCGGAUCCUUUGAAAGAGUCAAACUACAGCCGGAUGUUGCGGCUUGUAGGUAG